CCCUUUGAUAUAAAUCCAUAGUUAGGGGGUCAUAUUUACAGAAGAACUAUUAUUCAACCAUGUCUAAGGUAUUCUUGUUGUUAUGUUUUCUCCCUGGGCUACUCCUUGUUCAGGCACAUAAACAUCAUAAGAAAAUUGGGUUUUAUGAACUGAAGAGAGGAGAUCUUAGGUUGAAUUUGACAAAUUACGGUGCUACAAUUAUCUCAGUCAUAACACCUGAUAAACAUGGGAAAUUAGCCGAUAUUGUUCUUGGCUACGAUUCCAUUGAUUCUUAUAAGAAUGAUACAGUUUACUUCGGUGCCCUUAUUGGACGUGUGGCAAAUAGGAUUAGAGGAGCUAAAUUCACUUUGGAUGGCAAAACCUACAAAUUGCCCGCUAAUGAUCACGGGAACACACUUCACGGUGGCGCAAGAGGCUUCGGUGAUGUUGUAUGGUCUGUGGAAUCCCACAAGAAACACCGUCACGUGACAUUUACCUACGAUAGUUUUGAAAAUGAACAAGGCUUUCCUGGAAAACUUAAGGUCUCAGUGACUUACAUGCUCAUUGGAAGACACAAAUUGGCAGUGAAAAUGAUAGCAAAGCCAGUGGACAAAGCCACACCAGUGAAUCUAGCACAGCAUACUUACUGGAACCUUAGGGGCCACAACAGUGGUGACAUUCUUUCUCACACUGUUCAGAUCUUUGGCUCACACAUCACACCAGUGGACAGGCUUCUCAUCCCCACCGGCGAAAUCAUAUCUGUUAAGGGCACCCCUUAUGAUUUCCUUGAACCAAAAAAAGUUGGAAGCCAGAUUCAGGAAGGUCUAUAUGACAUGAACUAUGUGCUAGACAAAAGUUUCAAAAAGCACUUAAGUAAGGUUGUUGUGGUGACAGACCCUGUCUCUGGGAGGAAAUUGGAGCUUUGGUCAAACCAACUUGGUCUGCAGUUCUAUACUAGUGGCCAGUUGAAUGCUACCAAAGGCAAGGAUGGAGCCGUAUACCGCAAGCAUGCCGGCAUUGCCUUGGAGACACAGGGUUUCCCAGAUUCUGUGAAUUACCCUUACUUUCCAUCCCAGAUUGUGAGGCCUGGGGAGAUUUAUAAGCACACCAUGCUUUACAGAUUCACAACUAGCUAAAUGGAUUUUAGAAUUUACAAAUGAAGCUGCAAUGCAAUAUGUUUAGUUUUGAAUAGUUUUGAGUUUGCUUCCUAUGAUACAUUUUAUUUAGUUUUGAAUAGUUUUCAAUAAAUGUUGCACUAUGGUUCAAGUUUCAA